AUCAAACAGCUAAUAUCGUCGUUCGUUCCUCAACUGAUCUUAAUCGUCGAGAAGUUACCAGCUAGCGGAGAUCAUCGGCAAUGUCGAACAUGGGGCAAUCCUUCCAGGCCGGCAAGGCGCAGGCCCAGGGCGAGUGCCAGGCGGAGCGCGCAGCGCAGUGCGUCAGGGACGGCGCCGGCGCCACGGCCUGCGCCGUGACCGACACCGCCGGAGCCGCGGCCGACAGCGCGCAGCUGCAGGAGCACCGCGCCGCCGGCACCGUUCAGCAGGCUGCUGAGCAGGUGGCGCAGACGGCGGCGGGCGCGGCGGCAGCCGUCAAGGACACGGUGGCGGGCGCGGCGGCGGCCGUCAAGGACACGGUGGCGGGCGCGGCGGCAGGCGCCAAUGACGCGGUGACCGGCGGCCACUGACCGACUCACGCGUGUGAACCGGACGGCGUACCAGCAAUGCUGCAUGGCCAAGGGUUGCGCCUCAAGAUGGCUACUAAAUUUCCCCCCUUUUCUUUAUGUUUUUCAUUUUAACAUGUUUCAUUCACCCAUCUUAUUGUGAUCGCUUGCAAUAAAAAGGCCAUCUUUACUA